AACAAUUCCGUUAAUGCAGAAGUUAAUAAGUUACUCGACCGUCUGCCUAAGGUUCACGCUAGCACUCUGCGCUACCUUAUGCGCCACCUAGUUUUUAUCUGGGCACAUCAGCGCAAGCUGCACAUCCACUUGCUGACAGCUCAGCGUCGCCACCACCAAAGUUUGCAUCAGCAGAGUGAGAUACCUGGGUGCUUGCCAAUGAAGUCAUCGUUGCCUGGGCGCACAGAAUACCAGCUGCAGCCUCAACGUUCUAGUAAAAAUAAUGACCAGCUGAACCAGCUAGAUCAACCCGAUCAGUGGCUGAUUGUAUUUAGCCGAGUUCUUUUACCGCCACCACCAUCUUGGAUUGACCGGUUGGCGUUAGCAGCUCAGGCUCAAACCAGUGUAAUGACAGCCCUUUUCCGUAGCUUGGUGGCAUCUCCCACUCAGGCCAUACCUCAGCAUUUGCUUCAAGAGGAUGAGGAAGCGGAGGAAGCAAUUAUUGAGCAAGUGAUCACUAGUCCAGUAGCAGCAUCACCAAACUUGCGAGUAGUCCAAGCUCCUGAUUAUUAA